GCUCCCCCAGUCCGCCGGCGGCCGCGUGCUCAUGCUGGGCUGGGGGGUAUCGGGAGGACUCGCUCCGGCUGGUCUGGAGCCUGCUCCCGGGCCGCAAUUCUCCUCCUCCUCCUCCCCUGUGGGUCGGGCUGGUAGCGGCCGGCGUGUGCGCACGCCGACGUCGGUGACGUCACUUCCGGGUUCGGCCGCAACCCGGAAGUAAAGCGCAGGAGCAGAGCAGUUUGAAUAAAAGGCGGGAGCUGCCAUAAGGACGCUGAUCUGAGGUCUGUGAGUACUGCAGCUGCAUUUUACCCUACAGAAUGUCAGGUCCUGAGGUACAAACUGUUAUGGAGCUGGAUGCUCCCCCUCUGCCUCCUGCUAAAGAGGCGCAAAAAAAGCUUAAAAAACCUCCUCGCUGCAUCUCUUGUGCAAGGAAACUGCCUGACGAUUAUGGAAAGAAGCUUUGUAAAGCAUGUAUUUCUGAUGUAAUCCAGGAGGAACAGUCGUCCCUUAUGGAAAAUAUCAGAUCGGUGGUUCAGGAAGAAAUUCGGGCCGCUAGAGUUGCUCAGUCUGAUCCCCAGGACGAGCCUUCUCGCAAGCGUCCGCGUUCCAGGAUUUUUUCUUCCGGAUCCGAGGACGCAGGCGAUAAAGCUUCUACCUCCACGCAGUGGGAGGAUGAUCCAUCUCUCUCUGAGGGGGAGGUAUACGAAAAUAAUAAGAAGUUUUAUUUUUCCUCGGAGGAGAUGAAUGACUUGUUAAAGGCAGUCAGAGCAACAAUGGGGAUUGAAGAGACCCCUAGGUCCGUUUCUAUUCAGGAUGAAAUGUUUGGGGGACUCAAGGUGAAAAAAUCCAGGGUCUUCCCCAUAAACGAGCACAUUAGACAGAUGAUUCUGGAGGAAUGGUCAGAACCUGAGAAACGAUUGGGGAUUUCCAAAGAGUUUAAAAAUCGAUUAUUAUUCGACCCCUCUCAGUCUAAGCUGUUUGACGGGACCCCUAAAGUUGACGUGCAGGUGGCAAAGGUUAACAAAAAAACUGCCCUGCCGUUUGAGGAUGCUGCCCAAUUGAAGGACACCAUGGAGCGAAAGGCAGAUGCCCUUUUAAGGAAAGCUUGGGAGGCCUCCAUGUUUAACAUCAAGACCAACAUUGCGGCAACAUCGGUAGCCAGGUCUAUGUACCUGUGGUUAGGGGAACUUGAGAACCACCUAAGCAGAAAGACCUCCAGGGAAGAGAUCCUGCAGUCCAUACCGCUACUCAAAUCAGCUACAGGGUUCCUGGCAGAUGCAUCUGCUGAGUCUAUCAGAUUCUGUGCUAGGGAGGCAGGGUUGUCCAAUGCGGCUCGUCGGACUUUGUGGAUGAAGUCCUGGUCGGGCGAUAGAAUCUCUAAGCUAAAACUGAUAUCCAUCCCCUUUUCAGGAGAAUAUGUAUUCGGGCCGGUCCUAGACGAGAUACUUGAGAAGGCGGCCGACAAGAAAAAGGGAUUCCCAGAGGAAAGGUCCUUUAGGAAGAAUCAGUCCUUUCGGUCCUACGGCGGACAGAAUAAGUCUGUUAGAGGGAAGGGCAAGUCAGGCCGCUGGUCUUAUCCCAAAGGGGGUAGAGGAAGGGGCUUCCUUCUCAAGCCCCAGUCCAAAUCUGAGGACAAACAAUGACGCCGUUGUAGGGGGGAGACUGAAGGAUUUCCUGGGUCCAUGGUCAUUAACAUCAAGAAAUCCCUGGGCCCUGGACAUCAUUCAGCAAGGUUACAGGAUCGAGUUCACCUCUCUCCCCCCUGCAAGAUUCGUCAUCACGAGGUUGCCUACCAGACUCUCCAACCUAAACAUCUUUCAAGGAGUCCAGGACUUGGUGAAGAAGGGUGCUGUAAUCCCGGUCCCCGCAUCUCAGAGGGGUCAGGGGUACUA